AUGGCCAGUGGUGACACGGAAGUUGCAACUCUGGACAUUAAGUUAGCAACACCCACGCCGCCUGCUACACCAAGCGCUCCCACAUGGGCAUUCCAACCAGGAGUGACACCCAUCGCUGUGACAUUCUUCACACCUCCAGCGCCCGCUAAAGAUAUCCUCCAUGUUACUGCACCUGGACAACCUCUCGCUACCUUAGGGCCUAAUUUAUGGCUUACUUUGCCGAAUUGGCAGCUCAGUUCUUUCUUCUUCUGGGACGCGCAGUUCAACAUCAAAUGGAACACUGGGCCGUGGGAACCUGCGGAUGGCCUCGCGAAAGUGACUGCAUUCACCACGGGCUCCGUCGUUGGAUCUGCAACAACACAAGCACCCUCUGUACCGUCGCAAAGUGCUAGUCCGACGGCUGGGGUUACACCUUCUACAACUCUGCCUGUACCGACCGCUCCGAGCGACGUGUCGACCGAAGCAUCAAACUCCGCAACUUCCGUAAUUCCGGAGGCUUCGACGGUACCCGGGCGAGUUAACAAAGGCAUCUCGACGGGUGCGAUCGCAGGCGCCGCUGUUGGAAGCUUCAUUGCCGGUGCUAUCGUCGCUGGUCUGGUUUUGUGGCUCUGCUGGGGGAAACGGAAAAGAUCAAUCAGAGUACGAGAUCAAGAAGCCAGCAGUGUAGCUCUUAUGCCUCAGGAGAAAGGUUUCCAUGCUUCCGCAACACCGCUCGGCGCUGUAGGCUCCAAAUCGUCUCCGACAACGGAUCUUCUGCCUCUGCCACUUGAGGAUAAAGCAAUCAUAGGCGAGAUCUCGAAGAUCAGUAACUCGAUCAAAAACCACGUUCAGAGCUACUACCAAAUGGGUCGUAUGAGCCCUGGAUUCGUCGAUCUGGACGAUAUUCACGCUCUUGGAGGUGGUCAGCCAAUAUCAGCCGGAACCUUGAGCACUUUACUAGGCAAUUCAGCAACAAGAGAAAUUGCCUUGAGGUUCUGUAUUGCGUGGGUGGUCUGCUCGAGGAUGCUACCCAGCAAAGAUUGGGCCGCAAGUCUUUUGCCAGUGGAGAUCGGAAAAUGCUACCAGGCGGUAGCAAACGACAGCGGCAAUCCUUCAGAUCAAUCCUCCGUCAAGUUGGCUCGAUGGCGAGUGACGACGGCCGAAUUACUGCAAGGGAAAUAUGCCCGUAAUCCGUUCACCCGGUCUGACAGUCAAAAUGAGAAUAUUCAAACUGCCGUUGUCGCCCUCGACAACAUCCUCCGACCAUUCGCAGACUCACGCAUGGACAACGGAGACCGUAAGCGCAAUCUGGAGGAGAUCUUGAAAAGGUCGGCCUUGUUCGCGUUUACACUGUUCUCACAGCCAAGUACAUGGGGUUUCGACUGGGAAGAGGAGGGAGAAGUCAAGUCAGGCGAUUUGACCAUCUUCCCAUGUCUUCUGCAACUUUCAGAUGAGAAUGGACAGCCUGUCGUUCCGCCACGGCCUUUCAGCGAAGCUGUGGUUCGUCGGCUAACAGACUAA